AUGGCCAAACGGCAAGAAUUGGACUCGCCCAAAGCUGGUUCAAAAGGCGACGGACUCAUUGACGCUCGAGAAUCUUCCCUCACUUCCGCCACCUCGCGACUGCAGCCGGCAUCGUUCAGUCCGGCAAUGUACCUCGCUCGUCGUUACAAUGCCAACAUUCUGGCCUGGCGACCAGGCUCGGGCGACCUCAAACUGCCCGACGGUGUACAGAUCAAGGCUCACUUUAAUGAGUUUCUUGGUGCGUUCUUCAAGCUGUGCUUGUCGGACUCCUACUAUGUGCGGAUCGACAUCCACACCGCCAGACUUGUUCUGAUUAUGAUCGUGGGCUUCCUCACCAUGUUCAAGCGCGUUCGAGAAGGACGCCUCACCCUCUUUUGUCUGCAAGCCUCGACAGGUGGUGCAAUUGUCAUCGUCCCCCACAGCACCAACUGCCUGCUGCUCUUCAAGUUCUUCUUCGGCGCUCUUUGGAUCGCCUUCGAGUGGAUUGUCGUCUCCAUCUUCCAUGGCCAUGGCAUGUUCCAGUCGAUUCCCAGCCUGCCCUGGCGACAACAGCAGCCAAACUUUGGCCGUCAUUACAAGACCAGCGACGAGCGUCGACAAGCUUUGCAAUUUGCCUUGGCCACUUCGAAAGGCACGGAUCUGGCUGGACCGGAGGAGAACGCCGCCGCCAUCAAAGUCUGGGAGUACUUCAAGCUGGCUUGGUGGUGGGGGACUGUCGGCUUCUGCGAGUGGACCGCCUUCGCCUGGCUCACCACCUUGUUCCAAUUCAUUGUGGGACUCGUGUUGGCCUAUGAGCUCAUCGUCCGCAUGCGCGGGCUCGACAAUCAGGAGAACGACGACGACUUGAUCUUCUCUGUACCUCUCACGGAGCCUUUCCCGGUCGAGGUGGACGACGAAGAGGACGAUCUGGACUUCGCUGCGCGCCUCAGCGUACCUCCGCCAGCGGAGCUCGGCGACAAACAGCGCGAAUUUUCUUCGACAGAUGUCUCUGCAUCUAAAGAUGGCGAGGGCCAAACUCCUGACUCAAACCUUUGCUCGACGACCAGAUCGCCCAGCCUGAGAGUGCCCGUUGACAGACUCGGACGUCCACGGCGUGUUCAGUCCUCGGUCGUCUAG